AUGCAACCAUUGGGUUGGAAUGCGGAUGAUCUCCGGACCAGAUUCACCCAAGCGCUGUCCGAUAUGUAUCGGACAGAGGUCCCUCUCUAUGGAGAUCUGGUCCAAAUCGUGAGAGAUGUCGAUAGCUCCGUGCUCAAGGCACAAGGGGAACAUCCCAAAGAACUCCCGCUUCGCAAUCAACUGGAGCGCCAUGGUGCGAUCCGACUCGGAACGGAGCACGAGAUGCGAAUGAUCAAACGGCUCUUUGCCAUUCUUGGCAUGCAUCCCGUGGGAUACUAUGAUCUGAAUAUGGUCGGAUUUCCUAUUUACGGCACUGCCUUUCGGCCCAUCGAUAACGACGCCCUCAGCAAAAACCCAUUUCGGGUAUUCACGACUGUCUUACGAAAAGACUUGAUUUCUCCCGACAUUCGAAAAACAGUCGAUGACAUCUUGAGUCAACGGAACUUAUUUACGCCACGGUUGAGUGAGAUCCUGGAUCAUGCGGAAAACCAAAACACGUUGUCCGCGCAGGAAGUCAAUGAUUUUAUCACUGAGGCAUUGAAAGUUUUCAAAUGGCAUUCCAAGUCAACAGUCUCCAUUGACAACUACCUCAAACUGAAAGCAGAGCACGCGAUAGUGGCCGAUAUCGUCUGCUUUCCUAGUGCCCAUAUCAACCAUCUCACUCCGAGAACCAUUGAUAUUGACCAUGUUCAGCGGGAGAUGAUUCGACGGGGCCUUCCAGCAAAAGAAGUGAUUGAGGGCCCCCCAACACGACAGUGUCCUAUUCUGCUGCGUCAAACGAGCUUCCAAGCUCUUGAAGAGCGAGUAGACUUUGCCACAGGCGACAGCCAAGCAGUCCGUGGCACCCAUACCGCGCGCUUCGGUGAAGUCGAGCAGCGCGGUGCAGCUGUGACGAAAAAAGGACGUGAGCUCUACGACCAAUUGCACUCUUUUGCAGUUCGAACUGCAGCCAAUGUUUCCGGUCACAAAUUUAGCGACAUUCUCCACAACUCCUUUCGAAAGUUCCCUGAUACAUGGGAGGAGCUUCGAGUCCGUGGGCUUGUCUACUUUCAUUACAGUGUAACCGAAGCAGGAAGGAAGGCAACGGGAGAAGAGAUUUUGACUUCGAGGGUUUCACUCACGCAUCUGCUACACCUGGGACACAUUGAAUACGAGCCAAUUACCUACGAAGAUUUUCUGCCACUCUCUGCGGCUGGAAUCUUCAAGUCUAAUCUUCUUGAUCAGUCUACAGCAUCGCCUAUCCAGAAGACUGCCUCCAGAGCAGCCGAGCUGGAGAGUAUUUUGGGUUGCACAAUUCUAGAUGAGAUUGACUUCUAUCAGCAUCUCCAGGACGAUAGCAUAGAGCUUUGUAGGAAGGAACUUGCGCUGGAGGAAAUAAUUCAGGACUGA